UUGUUUUUGUCUGGUCCCUUGCUAGUUUUAUGUGGCUACAUUUUGGCUCCUAAAACUGAGGAAAGCGAAAAGGCGCUGUCAGAGCUCUCUGGACCUGUCUAGGCCGACCCUUGCUCUGCCUUCGGUGUCCACUUAUGCACAGUACCGGAGUCCUAAGCAAAGUAAGCCUGCGUCUGCAAAUCAAACUUUGUCUCGUGCCGAAUACAAGUGUAGACUUUCCUGUGAAAUGCUUUACUUACCAGCCCUUAACCAACAGUGUAGUUCAAGAAGAAGAAAAUAUUUACCAAAUAAACUAAAGUAAAAAAUAGUAAGUGACAAUAACGGGGCUAUUUACAGGGGGUACCGCGUCAGUGUGUGUGGGUACAGGUUGAGUUCAUUUGUACAUGUAGGUAGGGAUGAAGUGACUAUGCAUAGAUGAUAAACAGCGAGUAGCAGCAGUGUACAUAACAAAUGGCGGGGGAGUGUCAAUGUAAUAGGCCGGUGGCAAUUUGAUUAAUUGUUCAGUAGUCUUAUGGCUUGGGGGUAGAAGCUGUUAAGGAGCCUUUUGGUCCUAGACUUGGUGCUCCGGUACCGCUUGCGGUGCGGUAGCAGAGAAAACAGUCUAUAACUUGUGACUGAAGUCUCUGACAAUUUUAUGGAUUUUCCUCUAACACCACCUAUUAUAUAGGUCCUGGAUGUCAGGAAGCUUGGCCCCAGUGAUGUACUGGGCCGUACGCACUACCCUCUGUAGCACCUUAUGGUCAGAUGCUGAGCAGUUGACAUACCUGGCGGUGAUGCAACCGGUCAGGAUGCUGUCUGGUGCAGCUGUGGAACUUUUUGAGGAUCUGGGGACCCAUGCCAGAUCUUCUGUGUCUCCUGAGGGGGCAAAGUUUUUUUUGUGCCCUCUUCACGACUCAUGGUGUGCUUGGACCAUGAUAGCUCGUUGAUGAUGUCGCCACCAAGGAACUUAACUCUCCACCCGCUCCACUACAGCCCCGUUCAUGUUAAUGGGGGCCUGUUCAGCCCGCCUUUUCCUGGAGACCAUGAUCAGCUCCUUUUGUCUUGCUCAUAUUGAAGGAGAGGUUGUUUUCCUGGCACCACACUGCCAGUUCUCUGACCACCUCCCUAUAGGCUGUCUAAUCGUUGUUGGUGAUCAGGCCUACCAAUGUUGUCAGAAAACUUAAGGAUGGUGUUGGCAUCGUGUUUGGCCACGCUGUUGUGGGUGAACAGGGAGUACAGGAGGGGAGUAAGUACACACCCCUGGGGGGAAUCAGCUUGGUAGACGUGUUGUUGCCUACCCUUACCACCUGGGGGCGGCACAUGAAGUCCCAGGAUCCAGUUGCAGAGGGAGGUGUUUAGUCCCAGGGUCCUUAGCUUAGUGAUGCGCUUUGUGGGCAUUAUGGUUUUGAACGCUGAGCUGUAGUCCAUGAACAGCAUUCUCACAUAGGUGUUCCUUUUGUCCAGGUGGGAAAGGGCAGUGUGGCGUGCGAUUUGAGAUCGCGUCAUCUGUGGAUCAGUUGGGGCGGUAUGCGAAUAAGAGUGGGUCUGGGAGGAUGCUGUUGUGAGCCAUGACCAGCCUUUCAAAGCACUUCAUGGCUACUGACGUGCGCUCUACGAGGCGGAAAUCAUUUAGGCAGGUUACCUUCGCUUCCUUGGGCACAGGGACUAUGGUGGUCUUCUUGAAACAUGUAGGUAUUACAGGAAGAGGUUGAAAAUACCAAUGAAGAUACUUGCCAGUUGGACUUUGUAGUCCGUAAUAGUUUUCAAGCCCUGCCACAUCAGAGUGUCAGAGCCGGUGUAAUAGGUUUCAAUCUUAAUCCUGUAUUGACACUUUGCUUGUAUGAAGGAAUAGCGGGAUUUCUUAUAGGCGUCCAGAUUAGUGUCCCGCUCCUUGAAAGCGGCAGCUCUAGUCUUCAGCUCGAUGCGGAUGUUGCUUGUAAUGCAUGUCUUCUGGUUGGGAUAUGUACGUAUGGUCACUGGGGACGACGUUGUCGAUGCACUUAUUGAUGAAGCCGAUGACUGAGGUCGUAUACUCCUCAAUGCCAUUGGAUGAAUCCCAGAACAUAUUCCAAUCUUAGCAAACCAGUCCUGUAGCAUCCGCGUCAUCUGACCACUUCCGUAUUGAGCGUGUCACUGGUACUUCCUGCUUUACUAGGAAUCAGCAGGAUAUAAUUAUGGUCAGAUUUGCCAAAUGGAGAGCUUUGUAUGCAUCUGUGUAAAGGUGGUCUAGUUAUUAUUAUUUUUUAUUUAUUUUUCCCUCUGGUUGCAAAUGCUGGUAAAAAUUUGGUAAAACUAAUUUACAUUUGCCAGCAUUGAAGUCCCCUGCUACUAGGAGCGCCGCUUCUGGGUGAGCAUUUUCUUGUUUGCUUAUGGCCUUAUUGAGUCGGUUGAGUGCUGUCUUAGUGCCAGCAUCAGUCUGUAAUGGUAAAUAUACUGCUAUCAAUAAUAUAGAUAUAGAACUCUCUUGGUAGACAGUGUGGUCUACAGCUUAUCAUACGGUGCAAUACCUUGAGACUUCUUUAUUAGAUAUCGCACACCAGCUGUUAUUGACAGACACCCCCACUGAGUUUGAUGAAGAGUUUGAUGAGUAGAAGCUGAGUUUGUCCCAGAAGAGCAAGCCACCAUUGCUGAUAAGUAUGAAGAGACCACAAGCUUUUAGUAUUAGAAACUGAAGGUACAUUUUGUUCUUGCAGCUAAAUGAAAGGUGGGAGGAAUAUACAGGUGAGAUCACCUCCCAAUUUAGACUGCAAGUAUGUAAAAAUUAUCUUUAGGGUUGAAUUAUGCAUAUUUUAUGUUGAGUAAUGUGUUUUUGUGUAUGUUAUUUUGAAACUACUGCAGUAGUUAUCUUUAGUGCACCAAUUAAGUUACUUUGAUUUCUUAUGGAGUAUAAUAAGAGACUAAAGCAAACCAAGAUUAGAUUUGGUGUUUUUCUGUCAAUGUUGCAAUUGAUCUACAUUCAUACACUACCAUUGACAGAGUAUACAGUAUUCAAACUUUAAAACGUUUGAGCUUUUUUAGGGAUUACAUUUGUUACUAAGUGUGAUUUGUCUACCUAGUUCAUUAGGUUUGUAUGAAGUGCUCAUAAUAUUUUGUAUCUGUUUCACUUUUUUUAUUUUUUCUGGCAUUGCACUUUUCUGUAGUUCUUUCAUCUAAUGUAUUUUUUUUUUAUUCCAUAACAUUCUCUUAAAGUUAAGCUCAAACUGCUUUAUUAUAUGUUUUGGGCUUGGGAUUUGUCUCUAUUUUCUUACCUGGCAAGUUAUGUUCAGCCAUUUCGGAUACAGAAAAGUUUUGCACUAUUUUCUGUCAUUUUAAAUGAAUGGUAGCUUUGACCAAUCAAUACAAUUGUUAAUAUAUAUAUAUAUAUCUGCCAUAUUAUGUAUUUUUUGCCAUCAAUGAAGUCUUAAUAAACCUUUUGGAAUCCGUUUGAUGCAUUUUCCGAAUACCUCUAUGGCUGUAUACUUGCCUCAAAGGAAGAGCCAAUUACAACAGUUAUGAACUUUUGUGUAUUAUUUCCUUGCCAAGAAUCUGUUAUGCUACAUUCUUAGGAGAAUGUCCAACUGUAAAACAAAAUGUUUUCUCCUUACCAAUUAUGCAAAUAUAUUGGCUUAAUGUUUUGACGGAUGUGGUUUAUUUCAUAUUUGUUUACCUUAGUGUCCUUGUACUGUCUGGCACAAGAAGGGAGAGCUAUGGUUGCUACUCAGACAGAAAUACUGCCUUGCAUCACUAUUUACUUUUUAAAAUGCACAAAUUCCACAGUAUCAUUGCACUAUCCCUGGAAGGAUGUGGCAGAGAAAUCUCUUAUAAUUCCAAGUGCAUUGCAACCCAAGUCUGACCAACUGACCGCUUCAUUCAUCUAGAUCAGGAUGAAGAAAAGGAAGACUGCGUUAAUCAUACUCAUCCGUAACACCCUACAGAGAAUAUUGAUUAAAUAUAAACUUGUUUUCAUCUGGAAUCCAUCAAAUUAGUUAACUAGAGUAGGAACGUCUUUCUCUGACAAAACGUGUAGGACACAUAUUUGAAACCAAAGAUAUUGCAUAAUGAACUGCAUAACUUUCCUGUUCACUUCAAUGAAGUGUUUGUUGUUUAGCCCCUUUUGUAACCUUUUGGGGCUUUCAGGUGAACAAAUGUGGUUCUGGUCUUAAUUAGGCUGAGAAAUUCCUUGAAGGGGUAGAAUUGUGUGGUGGCGGUGGGCUAAACUUCACUGGAAACUGAAUGGUCUGGACACAAAGGAACUUUUGUUUCAGAGACCUCUGGUUUGGGGGUAGAUUCUCCGACUCCCGGCGCUCUGCAUGGGAAUGGAACUGUCUAUAAAGGCUGCUGCUCACUCCGCAUUUCAGACUGGGCUUCCUGCACACAAGCUGUUGAUUCUCUAAAGGAAAAUGGUUAGUCGAAUUCAGCAUCCGGCUGGUGGGUACAAGAAAAUAUUUGAGACGUGUGGAGAAUUGAAUGAACCUAUUCCUGCUAUCGUUGUAGGUGUGAUUCCAGAAUGGCUGAGUGGCAGUCUAUUGCGUCUGGGACCCGGCCUGUUCGAGGUGGGGGCUGAACCUUUCUACCACCUUUUUGAUGGCCAGGCCCUCAUGCACAAGUUUGACCUAAAGAAUGGCCAUGUGACCUACUAUCGGAAAUUUGUCAAAACAGAUGCCUAUGUGCGAGCCAUGACAGAGAAAAGAGUGGUCAUCACUGAGUUUGGAACAGCAGCCUACCCAGACCCCUGCAAAAAUAUAUUCUCACGGUUUUUCACCUACUUCAAAGGGAUUGAGGUGACAGAUAAUUGCUUAGUGAAUGUGUACCCUGUUGGUGAGGAUUUCUAUGCCUGCACAGAAACCAACUACAUCACCAAAGUGGACCCAGACACACUGGAGACUCUGAAAAAGGUGGACCUGUGUGAUUACCUCUCGGUCAAUGGGGUGACGGCUCAUCCACACAUUGAAAGUGAUGGAACGGUGUACAACCUUGGGAACUGUUUUGGGAAGAACAUGUCAUUGGCCUACAACAUUGUCAAAAUUCCUCCCACACAGAAAGACAAGUCAGAUCCCAUUGCAAAGUCCAAGGUUCUUGUGCAGAUACCCAGCAGUGAGAGAUUCAAGCCCUCGUAUGUUCAUAGCUUUGGAAUGACAGAAAACUACUUUGUCUUUGUUGAGACUCCAAUAAAGAUCAACCUUCUAAAGUUCUUGACUGCUUGGAGCAUCUGGGGCACAAAUUACAUGGAUUGCUUUGAGUCAAACGAAACCAUGGGUACAUGGUUCCAUCUGGCUAUGAAGGACCCAGCUAAAUACAUAGAGCAUAAAUUCAGGACCUCUGCCUUCAAUCUCUUCCAUCACAUCAACAGCUAUGAGGACGAUGGCUUCAUCGUUGUUGACCUGUGCACUUGGAAAGGUCAUGAGUUUGUCUACAACUACCUAUAUCUGGCCAACCUGCGGGAGAACUGGGAGGAAGUGAAGAAAGCUGCUAUGAGGGCACCUCAACCGGAGGUCCGGCGAUACGUUCUGCCCAUAGACGUCCACAGAGAGAAACAGGGGAAGAAUUUGAUAUCCCUUCCAUACACCACAGCCACUGCAGUGAUGCGCAGUGAUGGAACCAUCUGGCUGGAGCCUGAGGUUCUGUUUUCUGGACCACGACAAGCAUUCGAGUUCCCUCAGAUCAACUACAGUAAGUUCUCUGGGAAGAACUACAGCUAUGCCUAUGGACUGGGUCUGAACCACUUCAUCCCUGACAGGAUUUGCAAACUGAACGUGAAGACCAAGGAGACGUGGGUGUGGCAGGAGCCAGACUCGUACCCCUCAGAACCCAUCUUUGUGCAGACCCCAGACUCUGUGGAGGAAGAUGACGGGGUGUUGUUGAGCAUCGUGGUGAACCCUGGAGCAGACCAGAGGCCAGGGUACCUCCUCAUCCUCAAUGCCAGAGAUCUGACAGAGAUUGCACGGGCUGAGGUGGAGGUUAUCAUCCCUGUCACCUUCCAUGGAAUGUACAAGCCUUAGAACCACUUUCUCAACACAUCUACAGAACAAUCAUAAUACUAAAACUGUUGGAUUAUACUUUACACAAGACAUCUAGUUACAGUGCAUUCGGAAAUUAUUCAGACAUCUUCCCUUUUUCCACAUUUUGUUAACGUUACAGCCUUAUUCUAAAAUUGAUUAAAUAAAAAUAGUUCAGCAAUCUACACAAAAUACCCCAUAAUGACCAAGUGACAUAUUUUAGACAUUAUUGCAAAUGUAUUUAUCAAAAUACAAAUACCUUAUUUACAUAAAUAUUUAGACAUUUUGCUAUGAGAUUUGAUAUUGAGCUCCGGUGCAUCCUGUUUCCAUUUGUCAUCCUUUAGAUGUUUCUGCAACUUGAUUGGAGUCCACCUGUGGUAAAUUCAAUUGAUUGGCCAUGAUUUGGAAAGGCACACACCUGUCUACAUAAGUUUCCACAGUUGACGGUGCUUGUCAGAGCAAAAACUAAGCCAUGAGAUCGAAUGAAUUGUUCGGAGAGCUCCGAGACAGGAAUGUUGAGGCACAGAUCUGGGGAAGGGUACCAAAAACUGUCUGCAGCAUUGAAGGUCACCAAGAACACAGUGGCCUCCAUCAUUCUUUAAUGGAAGAAGUUUGGAACCACCAAGACUCUUCCUAGAACUGGCUGCCCGGCCAAACUGAUUAAUCGGGGGAGAAGGGCCUUGGUCAGGAAGGUGACCAAGAACCCAAUGGUCACUUGGACAGAGCUCUAAAGUUCCUCUGUGGCGAUGGGAGAACCUUCCAGAAGGACAAACAUCUCUGCAUCACACCACCAAUCAGGCCUUUAUGGUAGAGUGGCCAGAAGGAAGCCACUCUUCAGUAAAAGGCACAUGACAGCCCACUUGGAGUUUGCCAAAAGACACUUAAAGUACUCUGACCAUGAGAAACAAGAUUCUAUGGUUUGCUGAAACCAAGAUUGAACUCUUAGGCCUGAAUGCCAAGCAUCACAUCUGGAGUAAACCUGACACCAUCCCUAUGAUGAAGCGGGAAAGCAGCAUGAUGUGGGUAUGUUUUUCAGCAGCAGGGACUGGGAGACUAGUCAGGAUCGAGGCAAAGUACAGAGAUCCUUGAUGAAGUCCUGUUGCGCUCUGGAGCAGGUUAACAACCCUAAGCAUACAGUAAAGACAACGCAGGAGUGGCUUCGGGGUGUCUCUGAAUGUCCUUGAGUGGCCCAACCUGAGCCCGGACUUAUCAUAUCAAACGUCUUUGGAGACCUGAUAAUAGCUAUGCAGCAACGCUCCCCAUCCAAUCUGACAGAGCUUGAGAGGAUCGGCAGAGAAGAUUGGGAGAAACUCCCCAAAUACAGGUGUGCCAAGCUUGUAGCGUCAUGCCAAGAAGACUCAAGGCUGUAAUCGCUGCCAAAUGUGCUUCAACAAAGUACAGAGUAAAGGGUCUGACUAUUUAGGUAAAUGUGAUAUUUCAGUUUUAAAAAAUUGCAACAUUGUCUACAAACCGGUUUUUGCUUUGUCAUUAUGGGGUGUUAGGUUCUAAUUCUCAGAGUAAAUAACUCAAGGACACUAGAGAAGCUUAGCCAAGUUGAAUUCUUCCCAAAGGGUCGAUACAGCUGUAAUUCAGACAUGGCUUCCAAGGGAGGGUUGCAUCAUUCUUGCUAAGCAGGGAACUAAGUGAUAUGAGCCUUCAACGGUUUCUCCCCUUAUCAGUACUGUCACAUGCGAUUGUUUUCCCUGCACUCAGUCCCUCCCAAGCUUCAUCAAGCUUCAUCAUGGCACCCCUCAUUUCUCUUUCGUAGCUAAUGUUCCUAUACUUCUGAGUAUAACAAUGUUCUAAGUUUAGCCCUGAAUCCAAAAGGGGUAUUGAGCGUAGAUUGAGGUGGAAAAAAACAAUUAAUCCACUUUAGAAUAAGGUUGUAACAUAACAUUGUGGAAAAAGUCAAGGGGUCUGAAUACUUUUCAAAUGCACUAUCAUUUGAGUAUCUAUUUGUUGAGGCAUCGCUGGUGUUGCCUAUGGAAUGUACUGUUUGAUCAUGUAGCCUGUUCAUUUGCUUAGUCCACAUAGUAAUGUAAACUCAGAAAAAAAAGAAACGCUCCUUUUUCAGGACCCUGUCUUUCAAAGAUAAUUCAUUAAAAUCCAAAUAACUUCACAGAUCUUCAUUGUAAAGGGUUUAAACACUGUUUCCCAUGCUUGUUCAAUGAACCAUAAACAAUUAGUGAACAUGCACUUGUGGAACGGUCGUUAAGACACUAACAGCUUACAGACGGUAGGCAAUUAAGGUCAGUUAUGAAAACUUAGGACACUAAAGAGGCCUUUCUACGGACUCUGGAAAAACACCAAAAGAAAGAUUCCCAGGGUCCCUACUCAUCUGCGUGAAUGUGCCUUAGGCAUGCUGCAAGGAGGCAUGAGGACUGCAGAUGUGGCCAGGGCAAUAAAUUUCAAUGUCCGUACUGUGAAACGCCUAAGACAGCACUACAGGGAGACGGGACAGACAGCUAAUCAUCCUCGCAGUGGCAGACCACGUGUAACACCUGCACAGGAUCGGUACAUUCGAACAUCACACCUGCGGGACAGGUACAGGAUGGCAACAACAACUGCCCCAAUUAAACCAGGAAUGCACAAUCCCUCCAUCAGUGCUCAGACUGUCCUCAAUAGGCGGUGAGAGGCUGGACUGGGCUUGUAGGCCUGUUGUAAGGCAGGUCCUCAUCACCAGCAACAACGUCACCUAUGGACACAAACCCACCGUCGUUGGACCAGACAGGACUGGCAAAAAAGUGCUCUUCACUGAUGAGUCGCGGUUUUGUCUCACCAGGGGAGAUGGUCGGAUUCGCGUUUAUCGUCGAAGGAAUAAGCGUUUCACCGAGGCCUGUACUCUGGAGCGGGAUGGAGGUGGAGGGUACAUCAUGGUCUGGGGCGGGGUCACAGCAUCAUCGAACUGAGCUUGUUACCAUUGCUGGCAAUCUCAACGCUGUGCGUUACAGGGAAGACAUCCUCCUCCCUCAUGUGGUACCCUUCCUGCAGGCUCAUCCUGACAUGACCCUCUAGCAUGACAAUGCCAACAGCCAUACUGCUCAUUCGGUGUGUGAUUUCCUGCAAGACAGGAAUGUCAGUGUUCUGCCAAUGCCAGCGAAGAGCCCGGAUCUCAAUCCCAUUGAGCAUGUCUGGGACUUGUUGGAUCGGAGGGUGAGGGCUAGGGCCAUUCCCCCCCAGAAAUGUCCGGGAACUUGCAGGUGCCUCGGUGGAAGAGUGGGGUAACAUCUCACAGCAAGAACUGGCAAAUAUGAUGCAGUCCAUGAGGAGAUGCACUGCAGUACUUAAUGCAGCUGGUGGCCACACAAGAUACUGACUGACUUUUGAUUUUGACACCCCCUUUGUUCAUGGACACAUUAUUAAAUUUCUGUUUGUCACAUGUCUGUGGAACUUGUUCAGUUUGUCGGUUGUUUAAUCUUAUGUUCAUAUAAAUAUUUACACAUGAUAAGUUUGCUGAAAAUAAACGCAGUUGACAGUUCUUUUUUUGCCGAGUUUGUCUUAACCUUGACCCUGUAACUGUGUUGCAUAAUGAGGCCUAGUGCUCAUUAGCUAUAAUGGAACCAUGUUCCAUUAUGUCUGCACCGCAUAAUGAGAAUUUACACCAGACCUAUUUGAGAUUUCUAUGGUACAUGUUUCAACUUGUAUUUACAAAUGUAUUCAGCUACUUUUAUACAAAUAAACAAAAUUGCAUUGA